GAUCAUUUCAUCCGUUCUAAGGUCGCAAACAGUGAGGUGUCAAAAUUUUCAGACAAGAAACUGCAGUUUGGUUUUAAUGGCAACUACAAAUGACUACGAAGAUGGAUUGAAGAUGAUAGAGGAACUAACCACCAACGCUGAGCAGAUCCAAGAACAGGUUUUGCAGCAAAUACUGGAAAGAAAUUCUCGAACAGAGUAUCUAAGUCGAUUCAUGAAUGGCCAAACUGACAAGCAAUGCUUCAAAACCAAUGUUCCUAUUGUCACUUAUGAAGAUGUUAAGCCCUACAUCGGUCGGAUUGCUGACGGUGAGACAUCGAACAUCCUUGUAACCGAACCAGUCGUCGAGUUUCAUACGAGCACUGGAACUUCAGGAGGGUUGCCCAAGUUGAUGCCUGUGACGGCUGAAAUUCAUGAUCAAACGACUCUUUGUUUUACCCUCUUGAGAUCUCUGAUGAUCAAACAAUUUGGUGACUUGGACAAAACCGGCAAAAGAUUGGCACUUUUUUUCGCCAAACCAGACACUGAAACUGCUUCCGGCAUCAAGAAAAGAACUGUUCUAACAAGUAUAUUGAAAGAUCCUGGGUCUAGAGCCGCCGUUUUUAAGCUUUACACGAGCCCCAUUGAGGCAGUCUUUUCUUCAGACAACAAGCAGAGCAUGUUCUGUCAAUUACUCAUCGGUUUAACACAGCGAGAUGAUGUCGUUUCAGUUGGCUCGACCUUUGCAACCGUUGUGCUAAGAGCUAUCAAGUUCUUAGAAGAUCACUAUGAAGAGUUAUGUUCCAACAUAAAAACAGGUCGACUUAGCAAUUGGAUCACCGAUGCAGGCUGCAGAAAUGUGGUCUCGUUGAUCCUAAAGCCUAAUCCCGAACUGGCGGAUUCGAUCCAAUGUAUAUGUAAUUGUAAAUCAUGGGAAGGAAUACUCAAAAAGCUUUGGCCUAAAGCCAAGCUUAUUGAUGCCAUUGCUACGGGAUCUAUGAGCCAAUACGCUGAAACACUAGAAUUCUACGGCGGAGGGCUCCCCAUAGUGUCGACUGUUUAUAUUUGCUCAGAAGCCGUUUGUGGUAUCAAUUUAGAGCCUCUGAGCAAACCUUUUGAUGUCUCUUACACGUUUCUCCCCAACAUGGCUUACUUCGAAUUCCUCCCCGUCAACAAAGACGGCACAACGACGUCCGAACAGAUUCCGUUUAACGGCGAACCUGUAGAUCUUGUAAAUGUGAGGCUUGGUCAAUAUUAUGAGUUACUUGUCACAACUUUUGCAGGAUUAUAUAGGUAUAAAGUUGGAGAUAUUCUUAUGGUGACUGGUUUCCGCAAUAAUGCACCUCAGUUCCAAUUUGUAGAGAGGCGAAACAUAAUUCUAAGUGUGGAUACGGAUAAAACGAGUGAAUCGGAUCUCAUAAAAGCAGUGACAGAAGCGAAGACUCUUCUUGAACCGUUUGGAUUCAUCUUGAGAUCGUACACUAGCUAUGCUGAUACAUCUGCUAUACCAGGCCACUAUGUCAUAUUUUGGGAGCUUAUGGAAAAAGAAGACGUCGACAAUACCAAAGACCUCGAUCCGAUGAUAAUGGUGGAAUGUUGCUGUAAAAUGGAAGAGUCGUUGAGUUUAACAUAUAAAAUCUAUAGGAGGGAGGAUUCAAUUGCAGCAUUGGAGAUUAGGGUGGUGAAACAAGGAAGUUUUGAAGCAUUAAUGGAUUACUAUGUGUCCCAAGGAGCUGCUUUGAACCAAUACAAGGGAUCUAGUUGCAUUAAAUCUAAAGAUGCCAUAAAAAUUUUAGACUCCAGAGUAAUAGCGAGGUUUUUCAGCACCAAGAAACCAUUGUAUUAAGUUGUAAUUUUAGGCAUUAA